GGCCACCUCCAUUGCAUAGCCACCCAGUACCAGUACAAGAACUGAGAGCAGAGCACGGCAAGAACAGUGAGCCAGGCGCGCGCGAGAAGAUUCCGUGAGGGAAGCUAGGCAGCAAUGGCGCUCGUGCCUCUCCUCCUCUCGCUCCUCCUCGUCUCCUGCGCCGCGCAGUCACCUGCAUCGUCGCCGUCGGCGUCGAAGGCUGCUCCUGUCAGCGCCUCCACGCCGCAGGCAUCCGCCGCAGCGCCCACCACGGCCAAGUCGGCGCCGCAGGCCUCGGCCGCCUCGCCGUCACAGGUCUCCGCCGCGCCACCGACAACGGCUGCCGCCUCGGCGCCACAGGUGUCUGCCGCACCGCCAACCACCACUGCCGCCUCGGCGCCGCAGGUGUCUGCCGCGUCGCCGACAACCUCUGCCGCCCCGGCGCCAAAGGUGUCUGCCCCGUCGCCAACCACCGCAGUGUCGGCGCCACAGGUGUCUGCCGCACCACCGACAACCGUGCCGUCCGCCGCAGCGCCGUCGCUAGUGUCCGCCGCCGCGCCAACCGUGGCCGCAUCUGCUCCGCAGGCUGCCACGGCGGCUCCACCGACAACGGCUGCCUCUCCACAGUUGGCUGCCACGUCAUCUCCGCCAACAAGCGCUGCCUCACCUUCACUAGCUGCCACGUCACCUGCCACCUUAUCGGCUCCCGUCUCCGCACCCCCUCUCGCAGCGACCGCAGCCUCUCCGGCGACAGCCCCCACCGUCGCGGCGCCGACUACGGCCACAUUGCCCCCAGCGGCCUCACCAAUGGCCAUGCCACCGGCAACCGCGCCUACCGCAUCGGCUCCGUCUCCCCUGUUCAUGGUCCCGGUCGCGUCGCCGGCGACGGCCCCGGCACUGGCUCCGAGCGUCGAUGCCCCGACCCCGUCGCCCACGUUGGCACCAGAGCUCGCGCCCAUCAUGGCACCAGAGCUGGCUCCCAUCAUGGCACCAGAGCUGGCUCCCAUCAUGGCACCAGAGCUGGCUCCCAUCAUGGCACCCGAGCUCUCGCCCAUCAUGGCCCCAGAGCUCUCGCCGCUCGGCUCCGCGAGCCCCUCGUUGUCGCCAGCGUUCGCGCCCAUGGCGGAGGAAGACUCGGCGGCGGCGAGCGGGCGCGCCGGCGUCGCCGCGCUCGUGGCGCUGGCGGCCGCAGGGCUCGCGGUCUUGUUUUAAGCAGAGGUGUUUUACUUCCGUGUUGUUGUUAUUACUGUUUACGCGAGCGUGUUAUCCUUGGUGUACGGCACAUUGGUUAUUUAUUCCUUCUUAUACAUAUCAUAUUGGUUA